UGAGUAACAGUCAUAAAAGCCAUUUAUUGACUAGGAACAACAGCUGGAAAAUGCGUUCGCUUUCAAUCUAAGUAAACUGUGACUCGCGAGGGGCUACUUUUGUUGUGUAUUUUACUCGUUCUUUUGUAAAAAAAAAAAUAACACGGUUUUAUGGAAGUGAAGGGUGAGCGUGUGAUUGUGGACUAGCCUGAGUAUUGGAAUAACCUUCCUGAUGACUUUACUGCGGAGGCCUCUGUGCCUGCUGGCCUGCUCUCUGCUCUGUGUCUCUGUGUGUGCUGGGACCUGCUGGCCAGGAGAGUUUACAUGUGAACAGGGCUGGUGUGUGUCUGAGGACCAUGUGUGUGACUACACUGACUACUGUGGGGAUGGCAGCGAUGAGAGAAAUUGUUCUGGAUACACUAGGUGUGACUUUGAGAAGGGGUUCUGUGACCUGUUACCCAGCUCGGAAACACACUUAGGAUGGACCAGAAGAACAGGGUUCAACACCAUCGGACCCAAACACGACCACAACAACCAAUCAGCUCAUUACCUGGCUCUGUGGCCUGUGACAGGAGAGGCAACACAGGCUUACUUGAGGAGUCCUGUGUUCCUGCCCUCAAAGACAUGCUGGGUGACCUUCUAUCACCAUGUGGGGGUGGUGAGUGGGUCUUUACAGGUCCUGACCCAAAAAUACCCGCUAGGUUGGAGCCACUCGGCGUGGAACCGGUCAAAAACACAGGCACACACAUGGCUACGGACAGUGAUACCUUUCACCAGUGCUCACCAAUUCCAGGUCAUCAUUCUAGGGGAGCUCUCUGGUGACAGUGACCCCUCUGAGAUCGUGGCCAUAGAUGACAUCUCCUUCAGUGAUGGUUGUGUGACUGUCCCUGCCCCAGAUAGCAGUGUUCCUCUGUCCCCAGUCCUUCUGUGCCCCCCCUCCUCCUUUACCUGUGCCAGUGGGGAGUGUAUUGAUGAGGGCAAGGUGUGUGACUUCACCCCACAUUGUCCUGGCGGGGAGGAUGAAGCCAGCUGCCGCUCCUUCUGUGACUUUGAGAGUGACUCUUGUGGCUGGCAUGAGUAUGGCUUUGCCCAGGGGGAUGGUUUCGACUGGGUCAGGGGCUCAGCAAUGACCGUACCACUGGACCACCAGGGCCAGAUCCCUCCUCUGGACCACUCCACCAACAGCAGCCAGGGCCACUUUAUGUUUGUCUUGAAGAACAGUAGCAGUAUUUCCCAGAAGGCUUUUCUCCGGGGCCCCCAGUACCGCCAGUCAGCCUCUGGGUGCACCAUGACCUUCUGGCAUUAUAACUCAGGCAUCUCGGUGGGGGCUGCAGAAAUGUACCUGCGUAUCGCUGGCAUGGACAACACCACCGUGCUGUGGCAAACCCUCUAUAACCAAGGCAACCACUGGAACCGGGUCACGGUGCAGCUGGGCCGAAUCACUCAGCCCUUCCAGUUCUUAUUGGCUAAGCUCAGCCUGGGCGUGUUUGAUGGAGUCUCCGCCCUGGACGACAUCAGCUUCCAGAACUGCUUGUUGCCCCCAGCGGUGGAGGCGGGGCAGUGCCCCAGCCACACCCACUUCCACUGCUUGCGGAGCCGGGCAUGUGUGGAGCACCUGCAGCUUUGUGACCUGGUGGACGACUGUGGGGAUGGCUCGGACGAGGAGGACUGCUUAUUGUCUUCCUCUCCAUCUCUUCCUCUCUCAGCCGCGGAGCUGAUUUGUGACUUUGAACAGGGACUGUGUAGCUGGACCCAGGAGCAGAGUCACAAGGGAGGUGACAUCUUUGACUGGACGCACAUCCAGGGACCAACGCCCACCCUCCAAACUGGCCCCUGGAAGGACCAUACCCUGGGCAACGUCAACGGUCACUACCUAUACAUCGAGUCCUCUGCCCCCCAGGAGUUUAAGGACACGGCUGUGCUGGUCAGCCCAGUGUUCCAGCCUACCCUCCACCAUGGUAACGGAAUGCCCAGCAUCGCCACAAGCCCCCGCCACCCCUGUGUGUUCCGCUUCCACUACCACAUGUUUGGGUCUCAUGUGUUCCGCCUGGCCGUGUACAUGAGGACCACCAAGCCUGGCCACGGUCACAUGCUGUGGGUGCGCUACGGCGACCAGGGCAACCUGUGGCACAGGAAAACUCUCUACCUCAACAGCGCCAAGCCCUUCCAGAUUCUGGUCGAGGGCACAGUCGGUGAUGACUUCAAUGGAGACAUCGCCAUUGAUGACCUGUCCUUCCUGGACUGUGUGCUCUAUAAUGGGGACCUGCCCUCAGUGAGCCCCACCACCCCCUUCCCCCCGACGGAAGCCCCUACAGUCCAGCCCCACAUCUGCCCAGAGGGGAAGUUUGUGUGUGGUGCGCACGGAGAGUGUGUGGACCAGAGCAGGGUGUGUGACUUUAGACAUGACUGCUCCGAUGGGUUGGAUGAACAGCACUGUGUAAAGGAGGUAUGUGAUUUUGAGGGGGGUGUUGCAUGUGGCUGGGAGAGGGUCAGUCCUGCUCCCUCUGUUCAGCUCCAUUCAUUCCGCUGGCUCCCUGACCAGGGAAACACCGUACACCUCGGAGAGCAGUACCACCGGCCAGUCAUCGACCACACCCUUGGCAGUCCAGAGGGUUGGUACAUGUAUGCAGACAGUUCCAAUGGUGGUUACGGCCACAUCACCGACCUGCAGACCCCUGUCAUCUCCUCCACUGGACCACAGUGCACCUUGGGAUUCUGGUAUCACAUGAGCGGCUUCACUGUGGGAACCCUGCAGGUGUUGUUGAAGUAUGGAAAUGUCACCCAUGAAGUGUGGUCCCAGACUGGUAACCAAGGCAACAAAUGGAGACGUGGAGAAGUGUUUCUCGGAAUCGACCAUGACUUCCAGGUGAUCUUCCAGGCCAAGCGGGGGAUCAGCUACAUGGGAGAUGUGGUGGUGGAUGACUUGACCUUCCAGAACUGCACCCCUCCCCUCAGCCCAGAGCAGCCGUGUGGGCCUGAGGAGUACACCUGCUCCAAUGGAUACUGCAUCCCAGAGGACAAUCUGUGUGACUUCCUCAACCACUGUGGAGAUGGCUCCGACGAGGACCCCUACAUCUGCAAGGGCUUCAGCGGACACUGCAACUUUGAGUUUGACCUCUGCUCCUGGCGCCAGUGCCGGCAGGACAAUUUCGAUUGGCUUAUCAAAGCGGGCAGCACACCGACCACUGGCACAGGUCCAUCUACUGACCACACCCUGCGGGACCCGUCUGGCCACUACCUCUAUGUGGAGAGCUCUUUCCCCCAGGCAACCGGAGACGCCGCUAGAAUCUCAGGACCUCUCCUCAGCCGCAGGAGCAAGCAGUGCAAGAUCCGCUUCUACCUGCACAUGUCUGGGGAUGGCUUUGGAACGCUGAACGUGUUCCAGGUCACCAGCUCCUCAGGUCACCAGCUCCUCCUCAACCUGACUGGAGACCAGGGAAACUACUGGCAGAGGAGGGACAUCCAGCUGACCUCUCAGGAAGACUUCCGGGUCACCUUCGAGGGCAAGGUGGGCCCCAGCGCCAAGGGGGACAUCUGUCUGGAUGACAUCACCUUCUCACCAGGCUGCCUGCUCUCGUCUACGUCAGAAGCACUGGAGACUCCACCCCCAUCAGGCUCCUGUCCUCUGGGCCACCUGCAGUGUGAGAACGGCCAGUGUUUCCAUCCAGACAAGAGCUGUGACUUCAUGGACGUUUGCGCCGACGGCACCGAUGAAAAGGAUUGUGGGACUUCCUGCUCUUUCGAGAAUGGUCGCUGUGGUUGGAAGAGCUCCCUGGCUGACAACUUUGAUUGGGCAUUGGGUGUGGGCUCGGUCCAGGGCAUAAGACCUCCGUUUGACCACACUCUGAAGAAUGAGCAUGGUCAUUUUGUCUAUCUGGAAGCUACUCCAGUGGGAUUUAAAGGUGAUAAGGCUCACAUGAAGAGCUCUGUGUGGAAGGAGUCCAGUGCCACCUGCAAGCUCACCUUCUGGUACUACAUUUCCCACAAAGCAUCAGGAACCAUCCGCUUACUGGUCAAGACUGAGAACAAUGGGGUGACGGAGGUGUGGAACAAGACCGGGAACCAAGGGGAGGAGUGGAACCGGGCGGAGGUUCCCCUGCGGAAGUUGAGGAACUUUGAAGUGGUCUUCGAGGGGAUACGCUCCAGAGACGUGAGCGGAGGGGCUGCGCUGGAUGACCUCCUGUUCACAGACUGUGACCCCAGUGCAAUGGUGCCAGCGUCAUGUCCGGCGGUCACAGACUUUGUGUGCCAGAGCGGUGACUGCAUCGAGUCCCACCUGGUGUGUGACAGCAAGGCCGACUGUGCAGACGAGUCGGAUGAGGUAGACUGUGGCUACAUUGUAGGCCUACCAGGUGCCUGUAACUUUGACAUGCCAAAGGAUAUGUGGGAGGAGACCUGCCAGCUGACUCAGGACCCUGAUGACGACCUUGACUGGAGGAUUGGUCAGAGGAGAGACACCCCAGGAACGGGACCCCCCUUUGACCACAGCCCUGGUGGAGAAGGGAAGUUUCUGUAUGUGCACUCUGCCACAGAGAGAGAAGGUGACAUCGCCAAGGUUACGACGCGGAACCCAUUCCCAGCCAGUAUUGGCAUAUGUCACCUACGAUUCUGGUUCUACAUGCAUGGAUCAGACAGGAUGGGGACGUUAAAGGUCUACACUGUCGGCUCAAGCGGAACUCGCCUGUUAAUGUGGGCCGCCAGUGGUAACCAUGGCGACCGGUGGUCCUACGCAAGUGUGAUCCUGUCCAACACAACCCCCUUCAGAGUGACCUUCCAGGCAGAAGUGGGGGGUGACGUGUGGACGGACAUCGCCCUGGAUGACAUCUCCUUUACCACUCAGUGUGUGGUGGGAGGUCCUGUGACUCCAGAGCCUCUGACCUGCAGCGCGGGUCAGUUCCAGUGUGUCCACUCCUUCCAGUGUGUCCCUCUGUCCUGGAGGUGUGAUGGGGAGGAGGACUGUGCUGACCAGUCAGAUGAGGAGCAGUGUCCCAGCCUUGUCCCAGGCACCCUGCCCCCCCAAGACCACUGUCCACACCCUGACCAGUACCAGUGUUUAAACAACACCUGUCUCCCCUCCCUACUACGAUGCGAUGGAGUCUCUGACUGCCCCUACGGAGAGGAUGAAUACAGCUGCCCUCUCCAGCAGUGUGCGCUCGGGUCUCUGGUGUGUGAGAGUUCGUCCAGUUGUGUCCCGUUCCAGAAGCGUUGUGACCAGAUCGUUGACUGUCUACCCUUUAACUCUGACGAGUCCAGCUGCCAUGAAUGCCCUCCGAGAUACUGUCUGCAUCACGGAGAGUGCCAUGUGGGGAGGCAUGGGCCAAUGUGCAUGUGCCAGAAUGGUUGGACAGGAAACCGUUGCCACGUGAGACCAAAGCCCUCUCCCUCUUUCUCAAUCUCAACGGCCCUGCCAGAGGAUCCCGGACUAGAGACUGUGUAUGCUGGCAUAGCCAUUGGACUGACCCUGCUGAUUCUUGGUAUUGCUGUCUGUGUCCUGUUUGUAUUCCUAAAGAGACACUCUUUGAACAAACGUGACCUGAAGGACUUUGAGGUGAUGGACAAACCAGCCUUUGAUUGGAGGGCAGAGCUCCCCGGUCUGGGAACUUGCCCUAGACUUAACCUCAAGACGAGGGAGGGUCCUGGGCUUCCCAUCAGUGUCUACCCCUGGAGGAGGGACGCGGAGUGGGAGGGUCCAGUCCGGAGAGAUGCCAAACUAUCCUUCCCAAACCCUCUGUACCAGUACCCCUCCACUGCCAAUGGGGCUGACUGCAGCAGCUCUGAAGCAUAAAAACAACAAAUACUCUACAUACACUACUGUGCCAUAGCCAAUACUCAUGUCAACUUUACUGUAUACGUUUGUGACUGACCAUCUCGAUUCAGUCUUACGUAGCAACAUUUGAAAUAGUUUUUUACAUUGGAUAAAAGUAGAGACUCAGAGCUAGAAGAUGGUAUAUCAUAUACUGCAGUUGAGGAACAACGGGAAAGUAAUUCUGCUUUGAAAGUUGAUAAACUUGUCACCCCACGUUUGAGAAAACGUCCCUUGAAUGUUUUGGUGCACCUCCUGGAGAGCUCUUCUUUGUCUACACCCAUUCAGGAUCGUUCACAACCCAUCUCUUAAAAGGAUGCACACGUAAGGCCAUGUGCUAAACAGAGUGAGUAGUUUAGUAAAAAAAAAAAGGUUUCAAGACUAAAAGUGGUAAAAGUCGUAGCCUCCAAUAAGGAAACCUCCCGAUAAAAAUACACUUGAUCUAGUCCUUGGCCUAUAUCCUAAUCUGACUUUGGUGCAGGUCAUGUUAUUCUUCACAUUACCAUCUCUGGUAAACACACAUUAUUUCAAAUAAAAACUAUUUUUGUCAUAUGCACAGGAUACACAAUGUGUAAACAGUAGAGUGAAACAGUUACUUGCGUAGUAUCAGUAUCAAAAACAGAAAGUGUCCAGAUAAAAAUAUUGUAUAAUUAUUAGAUGACGCUUACCCGACACACUUGACUAAAUUGAUAGGUCAUGUGAAGGAAAUGCUAUAACCACCCCUCAGCCACAUCUAGCUAAGUGGAUGGGUCGCUAUUGUCUAGACGUACAGCUAAACAGAACGCUUUAACUAGCAAUGAAAAUUACUUUCUGACCAAAUUAGAAACUUAUAAUAUCUGAAAAUGUAGCUAGACUCUUAGCCCAUCACUUUUUCCAACUGAUCUGUCAAUAGCACCUGCUAAAUUCAGGGCAUCAAUGUUGUUGAGAAAAGUAGCAAAACUUGUGUACUUCUCGAUGGCUAAUGUUAUAUCUUUCAAAAACGGCACGGUAGAAAGGACUAUCAACACAUACUGAGCAGCUCACAUUAUAGACAGAGGCCUGCUACAUGGCCGACCAAUCUAAACUCAUCUCCCGGUAUGUUUAGCCGAUCCAUUAUCUCAGCCAAUCAUGGCUAGCGGGAAGGUUCCUGUCUUUUUCCGUGGCUAAACCAACUAGGCUCGUAAUUUAACAAUUGUAUUCUCACUUAUGGAUGGAUACAAGUGUGUUAUUAAGGCAUAUGAGAAUUGACAUGUUCCAGAAGGAAUUUCUAGCAAAAAAAACACAUUUUGAUUUAAAAAAAUGAUGUUUAUGUCGUGUUUAUGUAGUGACGUGCGACAUACGCCUAGUUUCCUAAAACGAGUCACAUUGACUGAAUCACCACCAAAGAACCAGUCACCUGAUACACUUACCGUAACAUUUCACUCAAUAGCUAAACGUCAACCUUGUCUUCUGCUCUCAGAACACGGACAUGGUAGGAGUAACUAUCUAAAAAAAAACAGGACGGGCUAAAGCCAAGGUUGAAGUUUAGCUCAGCUAUUGAGAGAAAUGUUAAGGUAAGUGUAUCUGGUGACUGGUUCCAAUGUCCAUGUUCUGAGAGCAGAAGACAAGACAUAUAAUAGCAUGCUUUCAUUUUAAAUGGAAUUCAAUAUGCUACUCCGAUUUUAGAUUGCAUCCUGGUUGUUUUGUAUCCCAUGGCACGGAAAAUGAAGUUCACUUUGGGGUUAUGGGUCCUCUUAGCAGUAAUUGUCAGUCUAUUAUUGGCUCACAAAGACAUACAGUUUUUCACGGUGUUAUAUUAAUGGAAAUCUAUAUACUAUUUUCUUCUUUAGACCACAUUAUGGGAAACCAUGAGUGUGCAUGUAAGAGUCAAUAUUAAUUUAACCUGGAAUAUAACUCACACAUUAGUUUUACCGUUCCAACCAGUGUGAACUGGAUUUAAUUUGACUCUCUUCCAGUGCAUGUGGUGUGUAUUACCAACCUGGGCAUGUCCUGCAGCAUAACGUCUCUUAAAGCACCGAUCAAAUGUAAUUAUAGUAUGAACCUUUCAUUCUGGACUUUAUAUUCACACCAAUUUGACUGCAUUUCAAAUGUAAAUGAAAUCACAUGAGUCUGAGAUUAUCGCGUUUUGGUAAUAAAAAGAUACAGAUGAUCAA